AUGCCUUAUAUCGCCCGGACAGCUGCCCUCUCCAAGCUGGCUCUCAAUGGUGGAUUCGUUGAUCCCCGCGCUAAUCCACAGCCUUCUUUUGACAAACGGAUGUCUUGUCGGGAUGUGACCGAUUUCCUUUCCAAUCAAGCCCAAUCAUCGCCUUUGGGGUUGCAACAGCAAGGUGCUAGUGUUAAGCACACUAAAUGGGGUACACGGUUGCAAAAGCCGCCUAGCGAGAAUCAAACCAAAAUCGACAAGAUCUUCGCUCGUUCGAGGAAUAUCAGGCUGCCUUUGGCAGAGAAAGCCCCGGGCCAACCUUUGUCAGACUUAGUACCAGGACUGGUCGUUACCGGUGGCCUCAGCCGCUCGCCUGCUUUCGAUUGUCUGCCUGUCGUUUCCCAUUGGAUUGACCGUAUUGGUGAGUCUUCGACCGAGGAUCCUGCCGCCACCGUCCGUCUUUCUUCAACAUGGGGUACAGUCCAUGUCAUCGGAGAAGGGGCUACCAUGCAUUGCCCUCUUGGAGCUCCCUGCUGGUCUCUUAAGAGUCACGGCAUAGGCCCGGUCGAGGCUGGGUCAAGUAAAUUUUCUCAACAAUACAUCGCUGAAACCGACACAUUGACGACGUCAGUGAGCUUAGCUCGUCGUGCUGACACCACUCAGACUGGCGGAGUUAUUGGCGCCGCUACAAGUAUUUCUUGGAUGCGCAACACGCGUGUUGCAGAUGCUGUCGAUUGUGCCGUUGGGCUUUUAGCAGACCCAGCAGCUCUCUUGGAGGCUCGUGACAAAGUGAUCACCACUGGAACCACAGAGCGCCUAGCGUUUGCGGAGGUGUGCGCAGUCGUAAUGCCCACAUGGUGUUCCGCCCGCAAGCCCCUUCCUCCGAAACUGAGUGGCUUGGCGCUCUCGACUGACCAAUUCACUGAGAAUCUCCUCGCAUUGGAGGGUUGCGAGGGCUCUCUGCUCAACACCAGCAUUUUCUCUAUGGCAGUGGGUUACAACCGGGGCGUCUACGGUGGUUCGAUCUCUGGAUUGUGGGCCAUCAUGGACUCGGGUUUUGUCCUGGUCUACUCUAUAGGCGUCAAAAACACUGCAAUAGCAGACAGACUCAAUUCUGCUUUCGCGGAUGUGGCUGCCAUUGCUGAAGUAUCCGUCUCCGCCGGCCCACAUAUAACCGACAUAAGAAUAGUCAAGGGUUGCAAUUAUGGAUGCUUACGCCAGAAGACCAUCAUUGAGGACGCCCACCCUGUCCCCUCCCGCCCGUGUAUAGUUGUGUGGGAUGAUCUCGCCCGCCUCGCCCGUUACAAGCUAGCGGAUGCCGUGUUCUGUCACGUCUAUUACGAUUCAGGUGGCGGAGAAGGGAUGGCUGCCAUCGCUGGCCUUGGGUGCGUUACGCAUGACUGGAUCGAUCUUGGAGCCGAUAUAUCGUGCGGAGAAGUUAGCAACAUCGUCCCUUCUCUGACACGGGGAUCCUUGGAUGAGGAAGCACUGGCUGAAGUUUACUCGCGCUUGCUUGGUGCUAUGAUCUGGUAUCGGGAUAACGAUCCCUAUAACCCGGCAGCCCUCUGUCUUCUCUUUACGCACUGGUGGCAGCUUGCGAAUUGCCGACAUCGACCCAUCUCCCUCCUUGGCAGGACAGACUUUGGUGUCGGCGCAGGAAUCUCUGCCACCAUACCAGAAAAGAGGCCCUCAUUGGAACAUUUCCGAGCGUGCGGGACGAAAGUCAAGCGCGGAGAGCGUUAUUUCACCAACGCUGAGGCGCGGCUUCAAUCUGUCCUUUCCUCUGGCCCUUUGCCAGAAACUCGUGCUGUCGCUGACCUCCUAGUAAGCCCUGCUCUCGCCUAUAUGAAAGGGGCUGAUAGCCUACCAUCCGAGAGUGAAUACGUCGGGGCCGUCCUCGCUGCCGAAGUGGCUUACCCCCACAGGCAGAAGAUUCUCGAGUUAUGGGACCUUGCUAUCGUCAUGUGGGAGUGUGGGGCAUUGUGGGCGGCUGGAGUAGCAGGCCUUUGCUAUACACACACCGGAAUGGCUAAUUGCGAUCGGGCUCGCGAUGACUUGUCUGAUACCACCUGGAGUUAA